UUUGUCACUGACUCAUUUCUUCACUUGUGACAGGAGGGCCACUUCUCGUCUACACGUCAGCAACGCUCCCAUUAGGAGAGAGAGAAAAGCCUCCGUCAGUGAUAGAAGAAAGAGGAAGUAGAAAAGAGAAGAAGAACAACAUGGCUGGACGUGUGCAGAUGAAAACAGUUUUCUCUGUGGUUCUGGUUCUUCAGCUCACAGAACUAGGAAGCCCGGACUCUAACCAGCUGAACAGAGCUGGAGAUGAAGUCUUCCUGCCGUGUAAACAUACGACAGACCACACUCCACCAGACUGUACUUCAAUCAGCUGGCUCUUCUCAGCCUAUGAGAACCAGCGGACUGUGAACCUGGUUACAUCUGGAGAUGUUAUUGACAAAAACAAAUAUUCUUUAUCAAAGAACUGUUCUCUGGUCAUGAAGGAGGUCAGAGAGGGUGACGUGGGUCGUUACGGCUGCAGACGAAAUCCUCAGAAUGAUUAUGUGAUCCGACUGUUUGUCGUCAACAUCACGGAGCAGACGGUGGAGGACGUCGUGAUCUUGACUUGUUCUGUGGUCACAGGUGAACACUGUCGGCUCAGUCAUUCUCCGUCAUGGAGAGGAGUGGAUAAAGACAACGAGGAGUUAAAAACAUCAAAUGGUGAAUGUUGGACCGAGGUGACUUUUAAAAGCACUCAUUUUAAGAACACUCCAGACAAAGAAUUGUGGAAAUGUUUAGUGAAGGUGAAUGACGAAGAGAUGGUCUUCAUCAAACGGCCCUCAGUGGGAAAAAAGAACAAAAACACUAAGGAAACAACAUCAGCUUGGUGGCAGCAGCCAGUGUGGAUUCUGGUUCUGGCUGUUGUGAGUCUAACUGUUCUCUCAGUCCCUGCUGUGGUUCUGGUCGUCUGGAAGAAAAGACAAGUAAAGAAAACUCACACGGUAGUGACGCAGGCCGAGCCACAAGAGGGCGUGUACUACUCCUCCAUCAGUCUUCCCAGCUGUGGUAACAGACCAGUCCGCGGCUGUGAUUCUUCAGUGACCUACAGCACAGUCAACGUUUCCUCAGCUGCGACCAGAGCCUCCGCAGGAGUCCAGAGCGCCCUCUACGCUAAUAUUAACCUACUGUAGAACUAAGACGAUACUGUAGCUAGCCACGGUGCAGAUGUGUUCUGUGUGAACACGUUUACUUUGACUGGAUUUUUGGACGCUAAAAAACAUUAUAUUUCAUAUUUUUGUUUAUAUUUCUGUGAAGUUUUCAUUUCUUACUAAGUUUAAGUUAAUAAAAAAUAGUUUAUUGAUGUAUGUGCUGGCUGUGAGCUGUCUACUGUCAAGCAACUAGCAACAACAAGGGUUUUUUUCCCUAGAAUAAAUCGUCUCCUGCUUUUUGU